UUCAAGGUAGUAUGUUUUUGGUUUGGGUCUCAGCCUUUACCUCUGCCUCAUAGCCAGGUUCUUGGGUAAAUGACUUGGCUGUUAGCCUCCCUAGUUGCCUUUCCGGUGUGUCUUGUUGCUGUAGGAGACUUCGUGAUUGGCUAUUACUAGACCCUACAGCAGGUAUUUUAUAUAAUGAAGGCACUACCAUUACUACUGGUAGUCUGAACCUGCCAGUCUAGCUGGGUGUGGGACCUGGGCUUCUAGAUCAGAAGAAAUGGCUACUCGCCAGACUUUGAGGACUUGAUAUAGAAAAAGAAAAUGAGGUUCAUUGGCUUGAAGUUUCAAAUAAAAUGAGGCAGGGAUCAUUCAGAGCUAUUCUCUUUGGGGAAGUAUGGAAUCUCCCAGAUGUGAAGCACAUGGGUUUUUCUAGGCUGCGUGUAAUAUCUUGGAAAUGAUAGUCUUUGAAAUGCAUUAUAUUUUAAUUUAUAGCAGAACUGGAAGGAAUAGGCUUUGGGAAGACAUGGACGUUGAACAUUUUGCCAACUUUCAGAAAGAAUUUCCAGCCCACAGAGAAGUGCUUGAAAAGUGCAUCAGAUGCCUUCAGGAGAUAGCAGACAGGAUCGAUACAACCCACAAAGAUUGUACCAUUGCCAACAUUACUGCCAGCUCAGCAGGUGCCACUUCUGACAUCUUGAGCAUCCUAGGACUGACCUUGGCCCCUUUCUCGGCUGGUGUGAGUUUGAUCCUGACAGCCACAGGGAUUGGUUUAGGGGCGGCGGCAGCAGCUGCUGGCAUUUCAGCAUCUGUUUCCGAAUAUGUCAUCGAUGCACAAGACUUAAGAAAAGUACAGGCACUUAUGGACGAAUGUAAAGAGAGCCUAAGGUUGGUGAUGCAUCCUGACGAAUUUGAUUUUAGCCCUGAAUCCGCUCCAAGUCCCACUAAGCUCGUGAAGAAAGCUGUCGCCAUAUACAGUGCCCCGGAAAAAGUCAAAGCAAAUGUCAAGGCAUUGAAAGUCGCACGAGCUAAUCCUGAACUGACAGCUUUGGCACAGCAAGCUACUGCUGUGGGGAUUGGGGCCAGGGCUGCAAUGACAGGGGUUGAAGAAGUAGAAUCGUCAUUUAGAGGCACUGCCCUGGCAAUGACCAAAGGAGCCAGGAUGCUGAGUGCUGCGUCCGCUGGGUUCUUUUUCCUGUAUGAUGCCUACAGCCUCAUCCAAGGUGUUAUACAUUUGACGGAAGGUGCCAAAGCUGAUGUCGCAGCCCAGAUCAGGGAUAAGGCUAAUAGGUUGGAAGAGGCGCUACAGGAACUCAACAAGCUCUAUGAAGAGCUUAAUGAGGAAGACUAGAACUGUGCUGGGACUUUUGUAGUUUGCAAGCUUUGGCCUUAACACAGAACUCCAUACAUCCAAUGCUUGCUAUCAACUCAUGGUCUCUCUUUUUAGAAUGAUAGGAACUGAAGGUGAAGUUGUGAGUAAGGGAUUUUAAAUGUGUUCAGCAUUGAACCCUCCCCACGAUUGGGGACUCUCAUAAUUUCUCACGGUUUGGGCAACCAUGCUUGGCAGUCACCUGCAGUCCUUUGCACUGAAUGUGAAAACAUUUGAAGAUGCACAGAUGUUGGGAUGGAGCUGCUAUUCCCUAAGAUCCCCUGUCCUUUAACCCUUGACCCUCUUCAAGGGAGAAAGGAGGACCAGAAUAGGGGCAAAGACAAAAAUUGAAACAAAGUGGAAGGGAAGUGAUAGAGAAGAGAGGGGCAUGUAUGUAACACUGUCCUACUGUGAAACAUGAAAAAGGGAGGCUGCGCAUGGAGAAAGGAACAGAGGGCCUGGGGAGAGAGCAUGAGUAGGAGAGAAAGGGGCAAGAGAAAAGAAAUUUAGAGAACCUGGCAGAACAACAUGAUAGCAUUCCUGGGUAGGUCCCACAAGGUAGAAAAACAGUCAUGGUUUGUUUGAUGAAGAAUAUGCCACUUUCUAAUGAUAAAUGCUGAGAAACUGGGAUUUUAAAAAAAAUCUUAGCAGUCUAAAGGCUAAUUCAUGCUUUUCUGCAGGGAACAGUUACAAUCCAUGUAUAGAUUGGGUAGCUGCACACUUGCAUUAUCUCUCUAUGCACACAUCUUCUGGGAAGGAGCAUUGAAUGUGGGUCCUCAGCAUGUGUACAUCUUGGGUGCACAUUGAGAAAUAUGCAUAUGUUCAUGCAAAAUAAUGUAGAUACCACUUUAAUGCUGUUUUCUACAGAGUUGCAAGCAAGAAAACAGAACGUGGGAAAUGGCCCUACUAGGAUGCAUUCCCUUUGCUGACUUCAGUAUUGCUGAGUAGCGAUAUCAUUUUGAUUUUGUAUUGUUCUCCUUUUGCUUGUUUUAUUUUCUUGUUCUGUUAUAUUGUUUAACUGUAAGCCAUUCUGAGUUUUGACGACAGAGCAGAUUGAUACAUUUAUACGAAUGAAGACAUUAUGCUAUUUAUAAGAAAGAAAAAAAUUAAUGAUAUCACCCAACACAUUGUCUUAAUACGUUGUCCAUAAAUAUCCUGAACAUGGAGUACAAGACUGUCGAAAAAAAUAUGAGUUGUGAAUGGCUGCUGCCAUCUUGUUUAGAAGAGAAUAAACAGUACUUAAGACAGAAUUUUGUAUUAAAAUGAUGCUUUGGAUAUGCUAGGGAACUCAAGAAGAAUCAUUAGAAAAGCGUCUGCAUCUGAUCAAGUCAGAAUGACUUCUAUAAGACUUUACCAGCUUCUAUUACAUCAUCUUUGUAUUAUAUCUCAGUAAAUGAGUUCAACUGUAUGUUCAGCUUUUCCUCAACCAUGCACAAUAAUAGUACAGCAGGUAGAUAGAUCAUUCAUCUGGUUCAGUUGUUUAGGCCAUGAGUGCUGCUGAUUAUGCAAUCAAAGUACCAUCACCCAUGCAGUUUCUCAUACUGGGGGCCUCGAAGGAUGUCAAUAACAGCAGUACAUCCCAUUGUGCCUAGCAAAGUGGCAUUGAUCCUGUACUGGAUGAAGUCACUCUAAAUUUUAAGGAACAGCAUGGCAGUUUGGGGACCUCUCUAUUUAUGUGUAUUCUUGUAUGUAAUAUCUUAGGUGCAGGUGGGGUCCUUCUGCUUGUUAUUUUGGAAAAGCGCCUUCUAUCUUACCACUCCUUUGAGAAAUAAUUUUAGCCCUGCUGACUGGUUUUAAAACAUUGCUGUAUAUUUGUAUUUUCUGGGGGUUUGCUUUUCUCGUUUUAGGUUUUGUUUUUUAUGUAAGUUUUCCUGUGAAUUACUGGAGGAAAGAAGAAAAUGCAUAUAAUAAAGACUGAGUUCUAAUGACUAAAAAGGCAUUUAAGCUUGCAACAACAACAACAAAAAAAAAA